CCAGGUUGCGGCGUCCCUCCCCUGCAUCCAAAGAGAAGCUAGCCUCUGAUUCGGCACCGUUGUCAUACCCAGAGCAGAAAUGGAAGAUUCCAACAUUUUUCGGUAGAACUGUGUGUUGAACAUCCUGGGAAGGAGAUGGAAUGUACAGAAUACUCUGGGCAGGAGAUGGACCAUCCUGGACAAUCUGACCAUGAGAGUGACCACACAGAACACCCUGGGAAGGAGAUUGGCCACACAGAACAUCCUGGGAAGGAGAGUGACCAGACAGGACACCUUGGGAAGGAGAGUGACAGCAGGGAGACCCAGACAACAGACAUGGGCCUGCAGCAGGAAACGUGUGAUGUGAACUUUCCCCGACCUGACAACACAUUAACCUCACAGGUACAGGAGAGCAGAGGCAAUAAAGCAAGGCAUGUGGUUAACCAAACUGGUGAGAAACCCUACAUGUGUGGGGAUUGUAGGUACAGGACAGGUAACAAGUCUCAUCUAGCCGAACAUUUGAGAAUUCAUACAGGAGAGAAACCCUACAAGUGUGGGGAGUGUGAGUACAGAGCAACAACAAAUUCUAGCUUAUCUAAACAUAUGAGAACUCAUACGGGAGAGAAACCCUACAAGUGUGACCAGUGUGACUAUUCGGCUGCAGUGAAAUCUCAUUUGAAUCAACACCAGGUAACACACACUGGUCAAAAACCCUACAUGUGCGAGAAGUGUGGUUACAGGGUGGCUCAAAAGUGUGACUUAUCCAGACAUAUGAGAACCCACACAGGAGAGAAACCUUACAAGUGUGACCAGUGUGACUAUGCCUUUGCAAACAAAUUCGAUUUGGACAAGCACGUAAGAAAACACACCGGUGAGAAACCCUACAUGUGUGGGGAGUGUGGGUACAGGGCAGCCCAAAAAUCUACCUUAUCCCGACACAUGAAAACACAUACAGGAGAAAACCCCUACAAGUGACUAUAUUCUGUUGUAAGAAAGCACACCAGUAAAAUGACCUAAAUGUGCAAAGUGUGCUGGAACAAGGCAACUCCAAUGUCCAAAAAGCCAAGCAUAUAAGAACCCACAGAGAAGAAAACCAUAUAAGUAUUAUCAGUGUAACAACUUUGCAGCUAGGAAAUUUCAUCUAUUUUUUAUGUAUACGAAAGAAACUAAAUCUACAAGUGUGACAAUUGUACAGCAAUAGUUCCUUGAUCUCCAUGUCAUGCGGCGGGUAGUCAGCUUGAUCUUUUUAAACUGUAAGAGCUCAUACAGGCGACAGAUAUAGAAGUUUAUUUUGAACUGCAGCUAGGUGUCGUUGCUAACAAUGCAGUCCCAAACGUAAAAUACAACCACAUACAUAGAUAUAGGCAAAACUCUAUAUAUGUAGGUACAACAGAUAUAGUUACACCUAAAACUCUAUAGAUGUAGGUACAAUAGAUAUAGUCACACCUAAAACUGCAUAGAUGUAGGUUUUGUACCUAAGAUAGUAGCCAUGAUAGAUGUGCUCCUGUCUUUUGUGUUGACCGCUUAUUUGUUUAUAACAUUUAUGUAAGAAAGCCUUUUUGAAAUCGGACUGUAAAGAUAAUAUAGAUGUAGGUUUUAGCCUUGAGAUAGUUUCGAUACGAUCUUUGUUUUCUUUUUAUCUAAUGUACACAUGUCGGUAUUAACUUGAAUACUGGAAUAUUUUUGACACUGGUAUAUUUAGUUGCUUUAGUCGAUCUACUUUAUUAGAUAGAAUGAUCUAACCUUUACAAUUAUUUAGUUUUUACGUACCGAUGUGUAUGCUAUACAUGAUACAUGUUUGUACACAUGUAUUCGUAGUGUUUAAGCUUAUAGGAAUAUAGAUGAUACUGACAUGUUUAAAGCAUAAUUUUGGUAACGCUAACUCAAACUAA